AUGGCGGUGGAAAGGAAAACUGUUGGUAAAUAUGUGCCUUUUAAUUGUCCAAUUUGUUUGGAGCCGAUCAAAAAACCAAAAUGUCUUCCUUUUACACACACUUUCUGUGAAGCAUGCCUGCAAUCCUAUAUAACCAGGGCUUCUAUUGGCAAAGAAGAAGCGAAAUUGGAAUUCAGCUGUCCGGUAUGUAGGCGAAUGACGGGGUGUCCCAAACAGGAUGCACCCGUAGAGGAAUGGGCAAAACAUUUCCCCGCACAUACGUUCCUUAACUCACUGAACCUGCUAAUGGGAGAUAAACCUGAUGACAACCCGUGUGCUGUGUGUCUUCGUGAUAACAAACAGGUCAAAGCAGAAAACUGGUGCCGCGAAUGUCAGGAGUUUAUAUGCGUGUUUUGUACAGGCCAACACCGAAUAUUUGUCAGCCUUCAAAAUCACAAAAUAUCAGGAAUACCCGCAAUGCAUGACAGAGAUGAAAAUAUGCAAGUUCCAGACUUAGACGAACCAUGCUGUUCGCAUAUGGGUAAAUUAAUGGAAGUAUUUUGUUUGGAUCAUGACAAACUUUGUUGCAGCAUAUGCUUUGCGACAAAGCAUAGACACUGCGAGCGUUUUGAAACAUUAGAAGAAAUAGUUAGAGAAAUGCCAAUGACAAAUGUUGACUGGAAUAUCGGUGUUCUAAAUAAAAUAGCUAAGGUAACUGAAGACUUGAUAGAACAAAAAGUACGUACAAUCAAAGAAACUAAUGCAAGAAAGGACACAAUCCUGACAAAUGUUUAUAAUGAAAUUGAAAAUCUUAAAUCCCGGCUUGAUGAAUGUCAGCAACAGUUUGAGAAGUCAUUUAUAAAAUCACAUGAAGAAAAUGAAGAGAAGCAAAGCAAUGCGUCUUUGAUUUAAAGCAAUUCCUGCUGACUGU